GCGGGGCGGGCGGGCCGGCGGCGGCCCCUCCUCCCGCGCUCUCCCCUCACCGCGCUCGGUAUUUUUAUCCGUGCGCACACAGCCCUCCUCCUCCUCGCCACUUACAGCCAGUCGGCUGUCGCCUCGGCGCCCCGAGCUGCACAGGCGAGCCCAGCCGGGAGCGUCGCCCCGCACCCGGAGUCAAGCGCCCCCAGCCCCACCGGCCACCACGCCCGCCAUGGACCCCAAGGACCGCAAGAAAAUCCAGUUCUCCGUGCCCGCGCCCCCCAGCCAGCUGGACCCCCGCCAGGUGGAGAUGAUCCGGCGCAGGAGACCAACCCCUGCCAUGCUGUUUCGGCUCUCAGAGCAUUCCUCACCAGAGGAGGAGGCUUCCCCCCACCAGCAGAGAGCCUCAGGAGAGGGGCACCACCUCAAGUCGAAGAGACCCAACCCCUGUGCCUACACCCCCCCUUCGCUGAAAGCCGUGCAGCGCAUCGCCGAGUCUCACCUGCAGUCCAUCAGCAACCUGAGCGAGAACCAGGCCUCAGAGGAGGAGGAUGAGCUGGGGGAGUUGCGGGAGCUGGGCUACCCGAGAGAAGAAGAGGAAGAAGAUGACGAGGAUGAGGAGGAGGAGGAGGAGGACAGCCAGGCUGAAGUCCUGAAGGGCUACAGGGGGCCUGAAUUAAGGCAAGGCCACAUGAGGAUUGAAGCUGGACCCAAGAACUUCUCAUCCAUGGUGGUGAAUGGGUGCAAGGAGAUGAAGGAAUGGGGGGUGAAGGAUAUCCAAUGCCCCUAUGGUUUGCAUUACUGAAUGUAGGAUGUGGUCUCCACUGGGAAGCAGAGGACUGGCUGAUAAAUCCUCUUCAGGCCCCAGCAGGCUGUUUCUCCUCUUUUAUUUCCUAGGCUAGGGUAAAAGGAUGCCCUCUAGUGUCUAGACGGAUAAUCUAGGAUUCAGGAACCAUUCUGGUCCUGAGCAACUCCAACCCCAGCUGCCUGGGAAGAAAGGGGCCAGGGAGGGGCCCAAGACCCACACAGAAGGCCUGAGAGCCAGAGGCCGCAGAUCCAACAAUCUCCCCAGAGGGUUCCAAGGCCUAGAGAAUUUCUAGGCAGGAAGAUCUCAGCCUCUUCCAUGGCUGUUUCUCCCAUGCCUGACCAUGGAAGGCUGUGCCACAUCUACUCUUCCUAAUGCACAUUAAACUUUUUGGUCCCAGAGUUUAUGGGGAUGAAAAACAGUCAACUACCCAUGCUAGAUGUGUCUAGCCUUCGCACCCAAACAAAAUGGCUUGGGCCACCUCCCUGCACCUUGGUCCAUGGGGGGUAUCAGCCAUGGGAGCAAAAGCUCUAGCUAGAAGAGUUGAGUCAACUCCCACUGAGACCCCCAGAACAGGUGGAGGGGGGCGGUGAAAGGAGACUGUUCCUUCCCAAAAAGCAACAGGGCAGUGGGUCAAAUGACAAGACUACCAAGGAGCUAUAUCAACUGCCAUCAGUGCCACACUAGGCUGGACAAGGCAUUAAUAUUACCUCAUUGAAGGCAAUCUACACAAUUUCCCUCUUACCAUCCCCUUCAGAGAGGUAAUAACUGACUAAUCUAAGUCAUAUGGCUAAUCAUUGGCAGAGGUGUCCUAGUCCAGUGCUCUCUCUGCUAUACCAUGAUGGCCUCAGAAAGUUUAGCCCAUGCUCCAGGAUAGCCAGAUGGACACUCAAAAUCUGUGGUUUCAUCCUUUUUCC